GAAAAAAAAAACUGUUCUUCUAACUGUUCUCCUACUUUGUCGUUAAUAUAUGAUGUAUCCCUAUAAAAGCUGAAAAAUUGUUGAUUCAAUUCGUAUAUUUGGUUUAUAUACACUCCUUUUGACUUUUACUAAACCUCUCACUCAACAACAUCUUCUCUGAUAUAACAAUUGAAAGAAUGGGUGGAAGUUCAAUUGAGGAUGAUUGGGAUUUUCCUUCUCUAUCAAAUGGAGCUCGAACUAUGGUUUUGGUUGGACGUACCGGUAAUGGAAAAAGCGCGACUGGAAAUAGCAUCCUUGGUAGAAAGGCAUAUAAGUCUAGAGCCAGCUCAUCUGGUGUUACAAGUACCUCUGAACUCCAGAGUACUAUGCUUAAAGAUGGGCAAGAAAUCAAUGUGAUUGACACACCUGGGCUCUUUGACAUUUCUGUUGGAUCUGAAUUCAUUGGCAAAGAGAUUGUGAAAUGUAUUGAUUUGGCGAAGGAGGGUAUACAUGCUAUACUUGUUGUGUUCUCCGUGAGAUCACGUUUCUCUCAGGAAGAGGAAGCCGCACUUCAAAGCUUGCAAGCAGUCUUUGGACCCAAAAUUGCUGAUUACAUGAUAGUGGUUUUUACGGGAGGUGAUGAGCUCGAAGAUAAUGAUGAAACUCUUGGAGAUUAUUUGGGUCGUGAAUGUCCGGAGACUUUAAAGAAUAUUCUUGAUCUUUCGAAGAACCGUUGUGUUCUUUUUGAUAAUAAAACAAAAGAUAAUGCCAAAAAGGAGGAACAAUUGCAGAAGCUUCUUAACUUAGUUAACUUGGUCAUAGAAGAGAAUGGAGGAAAACCAUACACCGAUGAUUUAUUCAAGGAACUGAGGAAAGGAGCCAUGGAACUUCGUCGCCACGAAAAAGAUGUUGAUUCUUUGAAAGGUUAUGAUAAAGUAGAGAUAUCAGCAUUAAAGGAGCAGAUGCAUAAAACAUAUGAGGAACAACUCAAGCGGAUUACUGACAUGGUUGAAAUGAAGCUGAAAGAGACUACUCAAAAACUGGAACAACAAUUGGCCCAGGAGCAUGCUGCAAGAUUGAAAGCUGAAGAGUUGGCCCAGGCUGCGCAUACAAAAUCUAAAGAUGAGAUCCGUCUGCUCCGUGAAAAUCUAGAGAAGGCGAAGCUAGAGACUGAGGAGCUCCGGAAGCAAGCUGCUAGUGGCAAGUGUGCCAUUCUUUGAUAAUUUUGCAUCAUGAAUAUAUUACUUUACUGAGUUUGAUAAAUAUGGAUUGUGGGCUUGUGGCAUAUAUAUCUUCUUAUUAUGGAUUUAUGGUUCAUGGAUGAAGUAUUGCAAACCUUGGUUAUCAAGUAAAUGGAAGUAUUUUGAGAUGUCAAA